CACAGUCUUCCUGUCUGCUGGCCUCGGGGUACUUGCUCCCCCAGAGCCCCAGCUGGGGAUGUCAUACCCAUCAGGUUCGGAAGCCCAAGCCAUGGUGGAGGCCACGGGGCAGGGCCCCAAGAACCCACGGGUGUCCAGUGUGAUGGUCCAGCUGGAGAUGAAGCCCCUGUGGGAAGAAUUCAACCAGCUGGGCACGGAAAUGAUUGUCACCAAAGCUGGACGGAGGAUGUUCCCCACCUUCCAGGUGAAGAUCUUGGGCAUGGACACCUUGGCUGACUAUGCUCUGCUCAUGGACUUCAUCCCUCUGGAUGACAAAAGAUACAGGUACGCCUUCCACAGCUCUGCCUGGCUGGUGGCGGGCAAGGCCGAUCCUGCCACACCUGGCAGAGUGCACUUCCACCCUGACUCACCAGCCAAGGGCGCCCAGUGGAUGCGUCAGAUCGUGUCCUUUGACAAACUCAAGCUGACCAACAACCUGAUGGACGACAAUGGCCAUAUCAUUCUCAACUCCAUGCACCGUUACCAGCCCCGCUUCCACGUGGUCUUCGUGGACCCACGCAAGGACAGCGCCCGCUAUGCCCAGGAAAACUUCAAAUCCUUUGUCUUCACAGAGACCCAGUUCACUGCGGUGACAGCCUAUCAGAACCACCGGGUGGGUCACGCCAGAGCUCACGCGGACCAGCCCUCCUCUGAGGAGUGGAGGCUGAGGCUGGAGAUUCCUCCUGCCCACUGGGCAUCUGCCUGCAUGGCGGCUCUGGAGAUCACACAGCUGAAAAUUGCCAGCAACCCCUUUGCCAAAGGCUUCAGAGAGAGCGACCUGGACUCAUGGCCUGUGUCCCCAAGGCCACUGCUCAGCAUCACAGCCCGGAGUCGUAACAACUUUGGUCCCUGCCUCCUUAAGGGUUCGGCAGAACGAGAGAAAGCCAGUAAAGCUUCAACUUCUGACUCCAGGACCCCUACCGAGCCGCACCAUCAGCUGCUGCCUGCCCCAGAGGUCCUGCUGGCCCCUGCCACCUACAGGCCUUUCCCUUACCAGGACCUGUACCCUGGAGCCCCUGGCCACAUUGGAAUCCCAAGGGCUCAGCUGGCACCAUACCCUUUCCCCAACAUCGGCCCUGAUGGAAAUCAGGAAGACCCAACCCUUCCAGCCAAGCUGGGGCUCCUGUCCUCCUCUGCCUUGUGCUUGGAACCCAGCCAACACUCCCAGUGAUGGCCAAGUGCUUUGGAAGCACUUUUACCCUGUGCCCCACCUCUCCCAUCCUCCUCUUGUAAGACAUCUUCUAAGGAAGCCCUGAUGGUAGUGGUUCCUGCCUCAAAGUCAGUCUGGGCCUCCAAUCUUGGAAUCAGGACUCCUACUCAGAAGCCCUGAAUCCUGACCCCCUGCCUCGAAGACGACUUCUCUAAAAAAAAUCCUGUUUCAAUUGUCCUUCCCCCACAUUAAACUGCUUGACACCGGGAGUCAGAGCACUCUGUCCACAGGAAAUCCCAGACAAGACGGUCCUAUCACCUUUGUAGGUAUCCAAAAGCUGGACCCAGGAGCACAGGGUGAUGGGAACACUGAUGACACCAGCAAGGCUGCACUUAACCUGGUGUGUCCCCUACUUUGUGCACCCAUAUAAGGACGUAACCGGCUCAGAGAGGCUUCUGCUCACAGUCACACAGCGAAGUACAUCCGUCACCUGUUACUCCAUUUAAAAGCUGUGCCCCAAGGCUGGUCCUGAAGGCUAGAGACCAUAGAGGGGUGCUUAAUAUGACUGGUAGGGAUCACACAGGCCAGGGUAGGGACGGGUGAGAGCCAAUCAAGGCCGGAGGGUAAAGUCCAGGUGGAUAGUGGCUGGAUUCCUGCUCUACAGACACAGGUGGGAUAAGGCUGGGGGAGGCGCGUAUCCUUCAUUCUUUUGUGGUGGGCGCCCCGGGGAACCGGAGGACUCCGACUUUGCUUAACCCGGAGCUCUUCCUGUGAGACCUUCUGGAAAGCACCGACACCUGCAGGAGCGUGAGACAAGGAGCCCAGCAGAUCUUCACCAGCCAGACAUCUCCCGAAUCUGAACUCCCGAAUCUGAAGUCAAUUCAGGUCACCCAAGCGUUCCGGAAACACAAAGACCAAAACAACCCAGCUGCACUGAUAGGGAAGUCACGCCCCCGGAAAGAAACUCAAGUCAGGGGGGCCACUUUUCCGGACACGCCUCCACGGGCUCUAGGCCAGGUCUUUCCCUAAGGUGGCGCUCUGGUCCCGGUACACAAAACAGGUUCUACCCUCCUCUAGCAAGCCCCUCCUCAGAU